UAAACACCCCCCCCCCCCUAAUUAAUUGCCAUUCAAGUUCUAGCCAAACCUAGCUACUUAUUCAAUAUCUCCAGAGAGAUUAAGGACAAUUACAAAUAUUGAAAUUGUUCCAGUGGUUAGGGAUCUUUUUAGUUUGUAAUCUGCUAGUAGUUUUGAGCUGGACAAAGACUCUAUCCUACAAUUAAGCUUAUCACUCAACAACAUGGCAUGAGAUGGCACAACAAAAAAUCAAUGGAGGACAAUGAGACACGGAAAAAUGUCAAAUUUUAACCACCUAUUUUGCUGGCAUGAAAACUCUAUAAAGCUAGCUUGAGUAAUCAAUAGUUUGUAAUGCAUCUGAGAUAAACCAUUUCUUUUGUCAAUCUAGAGGGCAAAAGAAAGUACAAUUUCAGAUUGCAUAGAGAUGGCAGGAGGAGGUUUCGUUGCGCAAAGUGGGGGGAGGAACUAUGAAGGUCGCGUCACAACGUUCGUUAUCAUCACCUGUUUGGUGGCUGCAAUGGGCGGUCUCAUUUUUGGUUAUGACAUUGGUAUCUCAGGUGGUGUGACUUCUAUGGACUCAUUUCUCAAGAAAUUCUUCCCAUCCGUGUACAAUAAAGAGAAGGAAGAACGUCAUGACAAUAUGUACUGCAAAUUUGAUAGCCAUUUGUUGCAAUUGUUCACGUCUUCCCUCUACCUUGCUGCUUUGGUAGCUUCCUUCUUUUCCUCUACGGUAACUAGAUUAUUCGGCCGUAAAAUCUCCAUGUUGUGUGGAGGGUUAGUUUUCCUUGUUGGUGCCAUUAUUAACGGUGCUGCAAAAAAUGUAGCAAUGCUUAUCAUUGGCCGUUUGUUGCUUGGUGUUGGUGUUGGAUUUGCCAAUCAGUCUGUUCCAAUUUAUCUGUCUGAAAUGGCACCAGCAAAGAUUAGAGGAGCGCUUAACAUCGGUUUCCAAAUGGCCAUUACAAUCGGUAUCCUUGCUGCAAAUCUCAUUAACUACGGAACAUCAAAGAUCGAAGACGGAUAUGGCUGGAGAAUUUCUUUGGCUCUUGCGGCUGUCCCCGCUGUAAUGAUUGUUGUUGGAUCUUUUUUCCUUCCAGACACUCCCAAUUCUAUCCUAGAGAGAGGCUACCCCGAGAAAGCGAAGAAAAUGUUGCAAAAGAUUCGUGGCGCGGACAAUGUUGAAGCAGAAUUCCAAGACCUCGUGGACGCAAGUGAGGCUGCAAAGAAAGUGGAACAUCCAUGGAAAAACAUCUUGCAGCCAAGAUAUAGGCCUCAACUUGUCAUUUGCGCAUUGAUUCCAUUCUUCCAGCAAAUUACUGGAAUCAAUGUCAUCAUGUUUUAUGCACCUGUUCUCUUUAAGACCUUGGGUUUCGGAGAUGAUGCUUCACUUAUGUCUGCAGUCAUCACGGGCAUGGUUAAUGUUGUCUGUACAGCUGUUUCCAUCUACUCAGCUGAUAGGUUUGGGAGGAGAAUUUUGUUCCUUGAAGGAGGCAUUCAGAUGAUUAUUUGCCAGAUACUUGUUGCAGUCAUGAUAGCCAUCAACUUUGGAACAAAUGGUGUAGGAGAAAUGUCAGGUAGCACAGCCAACUUUGUGCUGUUCUUGAUAUGUGCUUAUGUUGCAGCAUUUGCCUGGUCUUGGGGUCCAUUGGGAUGGUUGGUGCCUAGUGAGAUCUGCCCUCUUGAGAUUAGAUCAGCAGGGCAAGCCAUCAAUGUCUCAGUCAACAUGUUCUUCACUUUCUUCAUUGGCCAGUUCUUCCUAACCAUGCUCUGCCACUUCAAGUUUGGUCUCUUCUUGUUCUUUGCUGGCUUUGUUGUUAUCAUGACCAUCUUCAUUUACUUCUUCUUGCCUGAGACGAAGAAUGUCCCAAUUGAAGAAAUGAACACUGUAUGGAAGGCACAUUGGUUCUGGAGCAAGUACAUCCCUGAUGAUGCUGUCAUUGGAGUCCAAACACAUACUGCAUGAAAUCACCAUCAGGAUGAGAACAAUACAUUUGUGGCUAUGUACAUAUGAUUUGUAGUUACAUGUUGUGCAACAUUUCAAAUUAAAAAUAAAUAAAUCAAUACACUCUGAUUUUUUAUUU